CCCCUACUGCCUUCUAUAAAGAAAGGCUGCCUUUCUCUUCACGUUCAACUUCUCAGUGAAGAAAAGGGUGCUGCUGCAGAUCAGCGAUAGACCCUGGGAUAAAACAGAAGAAGUAUGCAAAGUGCAAUCUUCCUUGCUCUUCAGCACAACUGUGGACAAAUGGAGAGAACUCCCAGCAGCUGUCAAAAUGAGGAGAAGAAAGGAAAGAUGAAGAGAACUGUCAUUAAGGAUUGGAAAACAAGGUUGAGCUACUUCCUGCAAAACUCUUCCACUUCUACAAAAACCAAGUCCAACAAAAAAGGAAAGCAACAUUCUUACAUCAGACCUUCUCCUGAAGAAGCCCAGCUUUGGUCAGAAGCUUUUGAUGAACUUCUAGCUAAUAAAUAUGGUCUUGCAGCAUUUCGAGCUUUUUUAAAAUCAGAGUUCUGUGAGGAGAACAUCGAUUUCUGGCUGGCCUGUGAAGACUUCAAGAAAAUCAAGUCACCUCAGAAGCUGACAUCCAAGGCUAAAAAAAUCUACAGUGAUUUCAUUGAAAAAGAAGCUCCCAAAGAGAUAAACAUAGACUUCCAAACCAAGAACAUGAUUGCCCAGAAUAUCCAAGAAGCUACACACACCUGUUUCAAUGCUGCGCAGAAGCGAGUCUACAGCUUGAUGGAGAAUAAUGCAUAUCCACGAUUUUUAGAGUCUGAAUUCUAUCAGGAACUGUGUAAAAAGUCAAAGAUUACUGGGGAGCCUCAAGGGACAUGAAGGACAGUGAAGUGAAGAACUCUAUUUAACCUGCUAAGGAAGAAGGCCGUGUGUCCUGGCAGCUCCAUAACCUGAAAGACUGAAAUCCUGAAUAUACAGGUUUGCCAGAUGUAAUGAGAAAAAAUUAACAGAACUAUUACCUCUGAUGGUUCAGAAUUGUGAUAAACAGUGAUGUUGUUAGAAGUCUAGGAGAAGGAGCCAGGAAAGGCUGCUGGCCAAUAUCCAGUGAUGAGGCAUUUUCCAUCAGUAAACAAUGCAGAGAGAAGGUAUUUCCAUGCAUUAUUAAAACAUUGUGUCUUGUCAGACUCCUUAUGUCACAUUGGAAGCAUUGUUACUGUCGGUCAGAACAGUUUGAUCAAAUAUUCCUGGGAGUUUGGACCAUCUUUGAAUAAUUUAUUGCAUUUUUUCCCAAAACAACGGGUGGUGUGUUAUCUUUACUCCCUUAGUUCUUAAUACUGGUUCAGUUAAGUAAAGAUUUCCCACCUACAAAUAGAUACAUCAGUCUUCCAUGUGACACUAGACACUGUUGCUGUAUAAUGAAAAGAAAUAAAGAAGCAUGCAUUAUAACUCUUUGGAGCAGAGGAUGUUGAGUAGCUAACUAUAUAGAGCCAAAUUCUGUCAGUGGUGUUUCAUACAGUGAGAGUAAGGGCAUAAUUUGGCCCAUAAGCAAACAGGAGCUGUAUAAUAUUAUGUUGUGGAGACUAAGGCUGUGUUGAACAUGUCCAUUUAUGCCACAAAUGUCUCAAAUUCUGUCUUGAAGACAGCGAAACUUCAGGGAAGUUGUCUUUACAUUUUUUAAUAAUAAAUUAUUUUGAUAUAAGA